AUGGCCGAAAUUCGCGGCAAGGGAUCGUCCAAUGGGGUUGCUCACCUCACCGCCUUGGGUAAUUCUUCGUUUGACCUCUGCUCCGCUGCCAUCAACGAUCGGCCUUCUGUGUUCUUGACGUUCCACGAGGAUACGAUACCUGCUACAUACAAUGGCAGGCCUACACACAAAACAAGCCAUGUGCGCCCCUUUUUCUCUGGCCGCGGCCUUCCGAAGCCUUUCUAUCGCGGCGCCGAAGCGCUCUUUCUCCACGAGCCCGGCAACUCAAUCAGUCCCGAAACUCCCCCAACCGCCCCGGUCUACCCCCACGGAGAAAGCCAGUGGUACAAGCAGCAGGACUCCGGUCUCUACGGAGGUGCCACGAUCCAAUUCGGCAACAAGAUUUCCAAGGGACGCAACGAAGGCAAGACGCGACGUAGCUGGAAGCCCAACGUCCGCCGCAAGAAGAUUGAGAGCAAGGCUCUCGGCGAGAACUUGUUCAUUAAGGUUACCCGUCGUGCACUGCGCUCCAUCAACAAGGCCGAUGGCCUCGACAACUACCUGCUCUCUGACCGACCAACCCGCAUCAAGGAAUUGGGUCCCUUCGGCUGGAACCUCCGAUACCAGGUCAUGAACACACCACACUACAAGGAAAAGUAUGCGAAGCAGCGCAAGGAGCUCCAGGUCCCUGAGCCUCCGACCAUGGAACAAUACAUGGCGGACAAGCAGGCGGAGAUUGAGCAGAAGAUUCAGGAUAUCGACCUCGACGCAUUGACCAAGCCUCGCCGCACGAAGCCUCAGGGUCUGAAGUAUGGCAGGAUGAACUAG